GUCCACGUGCUUACUGUUUUCGUGACAAGAAGCAGUAGGUGCGCACGCUUACUUUAAAUCUUAAGUUUCUUGCUGAAUUAAACGAUUUUUUUUCGAUUUACACGUAGCCACCCAUGUCAACUUCAGAUGACACUGUGGUUAAUGCCACCACUGAAUCGGUGAAGUGCGCGGGAGACGAUGGCAAGGCAUGCAGUGAGGUUGUUGAGAAGUCGCCAAAUGCUUCUGAAACCAGCGUUGAAGUCAAGGACGGUAUCACCACAUCGAGCGCAAACACAAACUCCUUAAAUGCGACAUCCGACGAAACAAACAAGGUCCACGAUCCUUAUUUCUAUACCAAGAGAGAUGAGUUCACCUCUGAGGUCCACAAGAUCGAAAUUGGCAAUCUCCCCAAGAUAUUCGGCCACGGUCAAAUGAAGAAACUUCUGUCCAAGACCUUACACUUAAAUCCCCACAAAAUCAAAGUCGUGAACAACGCGAGGUUUGCCUUUGUGUCUUUCAGGUCCGAAGAAGACCGUGAAAGCGCUCUGCAAAAGAUUCAGGGCUACAAAUUCAAAGGAUGCACGUUGACAGUAAAGAAAGCAAAUCCUAUGGCUGAUCCGCUCAUUCAGAAAAGAAAACUCGGCGAAGCGGAAGAGGUCAUCCCGCUAAAAAGACAGUGCGAUGAAUCCAGCAUCUCCGAGAGAAUCAGAGAAUCUGUGGCUUCCUGGUCAGACCUCCCGUAUCAGCAGCAACUGGAACAGAAGGAAGAACAGAUGAGAAAAGUCAUGGUGAAGUAUGCCCGGAAACUCGAGCAAGUUAACCCACGUCUCAAGUCAUGGAUCAACAAGCAAAGGGAAGUGCAUAAAUUGGGCGUUUGCCCCCUUGAGCCCAUCAAAGCGUCUCCAGUUGUAGACGGCUACCGCAACAAGAACGAGUUCACGGUCGGUAGACACCUAGAGACGGGGGAGGUCGUUGUCGGCUUCCGCAUCAGCAGCUACAGACAGGGGUCGAUGAGCGUUGCUUCGGCGGCUGACCUCCCCAACAUUCCUGAGCCUGCAAAGAAGGUCGCUCAGUGCUUUCAGGACUAUGUGCAACAGUCUGGCAAGGAGCCCUUCAACCCGGAGACUCACGAAGGUUAUUGGCGCCAACUGACCGUGCGCACGACCAGGCGAGGCCACAUCAUGGCCAUUGCAGUCAUUCAUCCUCAGGCACUCAGUGAGGAGGACAUCUUGCAGGAGAAAGAAAAGUUGCGCCAUUUUUUCACAGAGGGUCCUGGAAAACCGAGUGGGGUCACUUCGUUUCAUUUCCAGAGGUUUGACAAAAAGCGUUCUGAUGAGGAUCAGCCAGAAUAUGAACAUGUUUUCGGGACAGAGGACAUUGAAGAAAGUCUUCUUGGUCUGACGUUCCAAGUAAGCCCUGAUGCAUUCUUUCAAGUCAACACACCGGCCGCAGAAGUGUUGUACAGGGCUGCGGAAGAAGUCGCAGGUCUCGGUGCAGAGACAACGCUUCUCGACAUCUGCUGUGGCACGGGAACCAUCGGUCUGUCUCUAGCUUCGAAAGUGAAAAGAGUUUACGGUGUUGAGGUGUGCAGAAGAGCUGUGCAAAACGCCAAGCGCAACGCUGAACUCAACGGCAUCAAGAACGCUAGUUUUGUGCAAGGGAAAGCCGAAGACGUCAUACAGGAUGUCAUCCGCUCAGUCGGGGGCAGCGAGGAAAUAGUGGCCAUUGUAGACCCACCGAGGCAGGGCUUGCACAAUAAAGUCUUGCGCACGCUUCGAUGGACUGCGUCGAUCAAGAAGCUGGUGUACGUCUCUUGCAACCCAGAAGGAGCACUGCAGAACUUUCUAGAUUUAGCGAGGGCUGCGUCAAACAACUACAGAGGAGACCCGUUUGUGCUGACCAAGGCUGUGCCAGUGGAUAUGUUUCCGCACACACCACACACCGAGCUUGUGCUCCUGAUGGAGCGUCUCAGUGUAUGAUUAAAGCUCUUGGACUCUAGAGUCCACAAAGCUUA